GUUGCUGUUCCCACCUAUGGACAGGUCGGGAGGUGGAGAAAUAAAAGCCAACCCACAUGCAGAUCAGAGUUUACAGCUCGGCUUUGUCUCUCAUUUCUGUUCUAUCCUGAAUACAAAUGUGCCAAAGUUCAGUGCUCAAAACCCGGUACAAUAGGAGAAAGAAGACACUGAACUAAAUGUUCUCGAGCAGCUUCGUCUUACAGAACACCUGAGACUAUUCAACAAGGCAGCACGGCGGGAUACCAUCAUUUGACGUUAUUGGGUUGAAUCCUGUACUUUUGUCCCCUUUCAGAGGACAAAUCUUGAUCAACUUUAAAGGAACAAACCAAAGUCCUUCCAUUGGCAGUGCCAUACUGAAACAUCAAACGUCAAUAUCAGUUUUAACUGACACAGAGCAACAUGACCACCAGGAAGUCAGAGGUCCAGCGAAGGAUUGUGUCCAAGGACGGCCACAACAAUGUCCGGAUUGACAACGUGGAGGGCAUGGUGAAGCUGUACCUGCAUGACAUCUGGACCACUGUGGUGGACAUGAAAUGGCGUUACAAACUCACCCUGUUUGCCUCCACCUUUGUCAUUACUUGGUUCAUCUUUGGGGUCAUCUUUUACUUAAUUGGCAUGAGUAACGGAGACGUUGAGGCUGGUUUGAAUUCCAACCACACACACUGUGUGACUAAUGUGGAGACGCUCACUGGAGCCUUCCUGUUCUCUCUGGAAUCGCAGACCACCAUUGGCUAUGGUUUUCGUUAUAUCUCAGAGGAAUGUCCUCUGGCUAUCUUCACUCUGGUGACUCAGCUUGUCAUCACCGGCCUAGCUGAGAUCUUUGUGACCGGCGCCUUUCUAGCCAAACUGGCUCGGCCCAAGAAACGAGCAGAGACCAUCAAGUUCAGCCAGUUGGCGGUGAUCUGCCGGCACCAAGGCAAGCUGUGUCUGAUGGUGAGAGUGGCUAACAUGAGGAAGAGCCUUCUGAUCCAGUGCCAGCUAACAGGAAAGCUCCUCCACUCCAAUGUGACAGAGGAGGGUGAGAAGACACAAGUCCACCAGAGCUCUGUGGAUUUCUACAUGGACUCCAGUGGAGAGUGCCCUUUCCUCAUCCUCCCACUCACCUUCUACCAUGUUCUGGACGAGCGCAGCCCGCUGGCAGGACUGAAUGCAGAAAACCUACGUACUCGUGAGUUUGAGCUGCUGGUCACCCUCAAUGCCACCAUGGAGUCGACGGCAGCCACGUGCCAGAGCCGCACCUCCUACGUUCCUCAGGAGAUCCUCUGGGGCUACGAGUUAAAGCCGGUGCUGUUCAGCACCACAAGUGGCCGUUAUGUGGCAGAUUUCAACUUUUUUGACAAGGUGCAAGCGAGCAACGAUGCAGCCUUCGUCAGCAACAACACAGAGAAGCUAAAACUAGAGGAGGACUAUAAGAAAGAAUAGAGGAUACAUGUGUUAUCAUUGCUACUGUUUGAUGUUAGUUUGCUGACAUAUUGUGCCAGUCAGUGUAUUCUCACGGCCACGACCCCUAAUUCAAACACAUACUAUUUCAGCUUUUUUGUAUAGUAUCCUAUAAAAAGUGAUUUGUUCCUGUUUUUCAUAACAAUGCUAUGACUCCCAAAUGUUCCUGCAGACUAGAAAACCUGACAUGAAAGUACAUUUUCUCUGCACAUUUUAUUUAUUCAUUUAAUCAUUCCAGCAUGUUUUGUUAUAUUAAUUUUUAAGUUUUAAUUUAGUUAAGUAUACCUUAAUGUGCCUUAUUAUUGGGAUCACCAGGGUUGAUAACCCUAAAUGAAAUUUAACGGAGAGUUUCAGUGUCCCCAAAUGGUAACUGCUUCAAUUUAGAUUCCCAGAUAGUCCAUCAUUGAAAGGAAUAAUGACAUUUUGCAAAAUACGCUGAUUUGCUUUUUUGUUGAGAGUUAGAUUGAGAGAAGAUCUAUACUACUCUUAUGUUUGUAUAGAAGCUACAGCUAGGAGACAGUUAGCUUAGCUUAGCACGAUACUGGAAAAAGGGGGAAACAGCUAGCCUGGCUCUGUCAGAAGGUAACAAAAUCCGCCAACCAACACCUCUGAAGCUCACUAAUAAACACAUUAUAUCUUGUUUGUUUAAUCUGUCCAAAAACUCCAGUGUAAAAACGACAAGUUGUGUUUUUUACGGGCAUUUUUGUGCCCAGAGGUAGGACGAGUCAGACGUGUUUAGCCUAGCUUAGCAGGACAAGACAGCGAUGUUGCUAGCAGUCACUCUGUGCUCAGUGAUUGUUGGUCAGGAAACAUUUAAAUAAAAAAAGAAAUAAUGUGUAGUUAAUCAGACAGCUUUGGAGUUGAUGGAUGGAAGGUGUACUUUUCACUUUUGACAGAUCUGUAGCUAGCAGUGUCCCUCUGUUUCCAGUCCUUGUGCUAAGCUAAGCUAACAAAUUCUAUCUCUGUCCUGGACAGAAACUGAAACUGGUAGGUUACUAACUCUUCAUCUGACUGCGUAAGACAGCGAACAAGCAUUUCCCCAAAAAUAUCAGACCGUUCCUUUAAAGAUACUAAUGAUCAGAACUAAAUAUACAUUUCUGGCAGCUCCAAUCCUAAAACAUCGCCAUCUUGUGUGAAUGCAUAUUUCUGCAUGUAGGUUGAAUCAUUUGGGUUGGAUAAAUCAUUUUCAAACUAAGAGGAUCUCUUUACCUGGAGUAGAGAAGUAUGAAUCUAUGAUAAUAUGAGCAUAUGUUAGUGUCUAUUACACAUCGACAGGUGCUGAUGCGUCUGUUGCUGAAUUUGUAUGGCACAUGCUUUAUUAAAAGAAAUCAGAAUGUACAUGACAUGAUUCCUGGAAACAAAUGUAAGCUUUUUUUGUUAUGUUAUUAGGAUAGACAUAUAGAGUAUUAAGGUAUAAUAAUACAUUGGGUAUGGUGGCACAAAGGGUUAUAUGAUGUAGACUUUAAAGGCUAAUAAAAAUGGCUUAGUUUGGUUUUGUAAAUAAAGGUUUCUUUAUUAAGUAAAAAUUUAAA